AUGAGUCACGCUCGUAAGCAUGUCACAAUAACAGCAUUGAACUCUGAAAUUCUACCGGACGAAGGUCAAUCGAUCGUAAAGAUCAUCGGACUCAGAGGUGGUAAUAUCACAGACGUUCAGUAUGCCAACGGUUCCACUGUACUCGCUAUGAUACCCUCGAAAUUCAAGGGAAAGCUCUGGAUCAAAAAGGGUGCAUACGCUAUCAUCGAGAAAGAGGAUGAAACCACAAAGAAGAUUCGUACAUCUAUCGUACAUCUUUUGACACCCGACAAUGUUAAAUACAUAAAGAAAUCAAAUGAAUGGCCAAUUGAAUUUACAGAAGAACCUAAUGAUCGUAAUCAAAUCAAUAUGAAUCAAAUGAAUGAUGACAGUGAUAGCGAUGGUGGAUUAGAUGAUCUUGGUUUUACAAAUAGAAAUCAUAGAGGUGUACAAGAUAGUGAUACUGAUGACGAUGAAGAAGAAGAAGAAGAUGAUGAUGAAGAUGAAGAGGAAGAAGAUACUGACUGA